AUGAGCGUCUGGAAUGGGCGCACGUAUUGUGAGCGUUUGUUAACACCUCUUCAUGUCGUUACUUUAUCUGAAAUUGCUGCAAUUGUUUCUCUCAUCGCUUCUUUUAUCUAUCUUUUAGGGUUUUUUGGUAUUGAUUUCGUUCAAUCUGUCUCUACUCGAGAAGAUGAGAACGAAAAUGAACAUCAUCAAUUCCUUAUUGAAGAAGAUGAUAGGAAACGUCCAGGGCCGUGUCCUGCUUCUCUUGAUGAUUGUACCACUGCUCCUUCUUUACCACCAUUGAUUACACCUUCAUCCGAAAAAGACGAAAAAGUCAUUAAAUCCGUGGUUUCAGGGAGUUUACCAUCGUAUUCGUUGGAAUCUAAGCUAGGGGAUUGUAAAAGAGCAGCUUCGAUUCGAAGAGAAGCAUUGCAAAGAAUGACAGGAAGAUCUCUAGAUGGAUUACCGUUGGAAGGAUUUGAUUAUGAAUCAAUUUUAGGGCAAUGUUGUGAAAUGCCAGUUGGAUAUGUUCAGAUACCUGUUGGUAUUGCUGGUCCGUUGUUACUUGAUGGGAGAGAAUAUUCAGUACCAAUGGCUACUACUGAAGGUUGUUUGAUUGCUAGUACAAACCGUGGGUGUAAAGCGAUUUACGUUUCUGGGGGUGCUACUAGUGUUCUGUUACAAACUUGA